ACCAGCCCGAACCUGUACGAACCGAAACAAAAAACACUGCGCACGACCCACUGACCUCGAACCCAUGCUCCCACACCCUCCCACCUCCCUCCCGAUCCCAACAUCCCCGCCGGUGCUCCUCCUCCUUCCUCCCCUGCCCGUGCGCCGACCGGCCGCCCCACCCUACUCACGCGCCGCUGCCGACCGGCCACCCCACCCUACUCACGCGCCGCUGCCGACGGCCGCCCGCCCCACCCUACCCACGCGCUGCUGCCGUCGACCGACCGCCCCUCCCUACCCUUGCGCUGCCGCCGCCGGCCGCCCGUCCAUCCCUAUCCACGCGCUGUUGCCGCCAGCCUCCCGCCCCACCUUACCCACGCGUCGUCGCCAAUCUCCCCUUCUUACCACGCGCUGUCGUGAUGCUGCCGCGUCCGUCGCCGUCCUCUACCGCCCAGCCAGCCUCCUUCUUUCGCGCCGCAGGCAACCUUCCUCCGCCCCGCAGCCGCCCGCCAUCCCACGCCCCGCCGCCGCCCGGCCAUCCCGCGUCCCGCCGCCGCCCGGCCAUCCCGCGUCCCGCCGCCGCCCGGCCAUCCCGCGUCCCGCCGCCGCCCGAGCCUCCUGCCGGCUAUGCGCCCCGCCACUUCAGCGCGUAGGCCAAGAAGAGAAGCCGCCGCCCGAACCUAAACUGUACAUACCCAGGCCGUUCACAUCCGCCACGAGUGCCGGUUCAACGCCGCCCCGACAACCCACCGCACGUGGAGAACUACAAAAGAGUUCAACAAUUGGUGGUUCUUCAGGUCACUAUAGCGUGCAUUUUCAGUACAUCUUCCAGACUCUUGGACUUUCACAUGCUCUGCCUUCAUUCAUGUAGAUCUGCAACCCUAAUGUUGGUUUAGUGAACGCUCGAGCCACAACAGCUCCUAGGCCGUUCACCGUCAGCACCAUAGUCCGUUCACCGCCGACACCCAAGGCCGUUCACCGACGCAACGAUGAGGUCUGGCCAUCGUCACCCACGACCGUGCACUCACAUCUCUCCAGCUUAAAGUAGUGUCCUCUAGCUGCAGGACGCGUUCUCCUCCAGCUGCAGGCCAAUGCUAUGGUGCACAUUCAAGGCAGCAUGCAGACCACAGGUCGCAGCGCCGCCGUCGACCACAUGUGCGCAUGCGUGCGAUUAUUGCAUGUGUGCGUUAGGUAUGCAUCUCAAUGCCUCCGCCCUUCCUCUUUCCACGUAGCAUAUUCUGAAGAAAAAAAAUAGAUGCUUUCAACUAAAUAAAAAAAUGCGUCGCACAAGUUCAGGUACAACCGCUGCAGGACUUCAGAAAUCUGAACAAACAAAGCUCAAACCAAAAGCUAAUGUGCGUGUCAUGUCCAAACAAAGCUCAAGCUACAUGCACCAGGUUGCCCUUUUUUUUAUACAGUUCAAUAUCUAAAAUCCGUUCAGUUUAAUUAUUAUGCAUCGCCCUGGCAACACAUUGCGCAGCCACCGACCUCCUCUUGUUGGGUCACACCACCACCGGCCGGUCCACAAUGGUUGCUGGUAGCCGUCCAAGUUCAGAGCUGAUGGUAGUCCCCUGCAUGCGUCAACGACACUCUCACGGUUCUUGUUAGGACUCAGGGCAUGAGCUCGUCCAGCAGGGGUGCUGGCAGCCGUCCAAGUGGAGCGUUGACACCAGUACAAGUAGAAUCGCGGGUCAUGGCCACCAACUUCAUCAAGUGCUGCACAUCCGUCCAAGUCGAGCACGCUCUGGGAGAACACCAGCGCCUUUGCUUUGCACAUUGCUUGGUCAUGCAUGAUUGCUGAUGGAUGUAGCAAGCGUUUUAUUAGUUUGAUCUUCUGUAUUUUGUCUCAGUUUUCGUGGAUGCUAGCCGGCAAGUGACAUGAUUUUGGUUGCUUCUCUCUGUAGCAGAUUCCAUCCGCACAAAAAAUGCUACUUCGGUUUGUUCUAUGUAAAAAAUGAAUAAGGUUCAAUUCACAAAAAAUGUGGAUGUUUGCUUGGGAAAUUCUGCAGUACAUUUGAUUACACCAAGAUGUACAGAAUGACUAAUUCUUUAUUGUGUGCCUUCAGCACAAUUUAAAA